AACGGAAGAGGCGACGGUCGAGGGUUCGCCUCUGCUCCUGCUGGACUGCCGCGGAGGAGGCAACCAGGAGUUCGACGCUGGGUGGCUGGUUCGGAAGGCAGCAGUGGCUGCUGUGGAUGGGAACGGGUCUGCUUGGUGUGCUCAUGGAGCGCCAGGGCAGGGCCGCCACCACCUCCGCUUCGUCGACCCGGGACCCGGCGUCCGACGAGCCAGAUGGGCGGCGGCAGGAGCCGCUGCGGCGCCGGUCGAAUAGCGCGUCGGCACCCGCGGUCGGAGACUCGGCCUUGACUGAGGAAGUAAGGCGGGACCGACCUGGUUCCUACAGCGGCACUACCUCGGUCUCCCGCCAGCGCGUGGAAACACUAAGGAAGAAGCGGCCGCUUUUUCCAUGGUUUGGCUUGGAUAUUGGUGGAACCCUAGUCAAGCUGGUUUAUUUUGAGCCCAAAGACAUCACUGCUGAAGAAGAGGAGGAAGAAGUGGAAAGUCUUAAAAGCAUUCGGAAGUACCUGACCUCCAAUGUGGCUUAUGGGUCCACGGGGAUUCGGGACGUGCACCUGGAACUGAAGGAUCUGACUCUGUGUGGACGCAAAGGCAAUCUGCACUUUAUACGCUUUCCCACUCAUGACAUGCCUGCUUUUAUUCAAAUGGGCAGAGAUAAAAACUUCUCAAGUCUCCACACUGUCUUUUGUGCCACUGGAGGUGGAGCGUACAAAUUUGAGCAGGAUUUUCUCACAAUAGGUGAUCUUCAGCUUUGCAAACUUGAUGAACUAGAUUGCUUAAUAAAAGGAAUUUUAUACAUUGACUCAGUUGGAUUCAAUGGACGGUCACAGUGCUAUUACUUUGAAAACCCUGCUGAUUCUGAAAAUUGUCAGAAGUUACCGUUUUAUUUGAAAAAUCCAUACCCUCUGCUUCUGGUGAACAUUGGCUCUGGGGUUAGCAUCUUAGCAGUAUAUUCCAAAGAUAAUUACAAGCGGGUCACUGGUACCAGUCUUGGAGGAGGAACUUUUUUUGGUCUCUGCUGCCUGCUUACUGGCUGUACCACUUUUGAAGAAGCUCUUGAAAUGGCAUCUCGUGGAGAUAGCACCAAAGUAGACAAACUAGUACGAGACAUUUAUGGAGGGGACUAUGAGAGGUUUGGACUGCCAGGCUGGGCUGUGGCUUCAAGCUUUGGAAACAUGAUGAGCAAGGAGAAGCGAGAGGCUGCCAGUAAAGAGGACCUCGCUAGAGCAACUUUGAUCACCAUCACCAACAACAUUGGCUCGAUAGCAAGAAUGUGUGCCCUUAAUGAAAAUAUUAACCAGGUGGUAUUUGUUGGAAAUUUCUUGAGAGUUAAUACGAUCGCCAUGCGGCUUUUGGCAUAUGCUUUGGAUUAUUGGUCCAAGGGACAGUUGAAAGCACUUUUUUCGGAACACGAGGGUUAUUUUGGAGCCGUUGGAGCACUCCUUGAACUGUUGAAGAUCCCCUGAUUGUUACCUGGGGAGGGGGAGUUCCUGGAACCUUCUGCAGUGGGAUCUGUGAACAUCUGUUUUUUAGGAGCCUUACUUAAUUUUGUGAUUGUUUAUUACCUGAAUCAAAGCAAGCAAGGACAAGGGGAUUUUUCUAAGUCAUCAGGAUAAUUCAGUCUAAACUAGUAACCAGUAAGGAAAGACUACAUAUAUGUAUGUGGACCAUGCCUGUGACAGUGAGGAUUUGCUAUAAUACCUGCUGUAUAUUUCUGAAAUUUAGUGUCACUCGCUGAAGCGCUGCAGGGGAGAGCUAUUCUGUGUUCACCUGACUGUGGUUUUGUAUGCCAUUGAACAUGCUAAAUGUAAGGCAAGUUACAUGUAUUAUAAUCUAAUCACAAUUUUGUCAGUAUGGCCUUGGAGGUCAUCACCUGUUCAUGAACUCUGUUAUGCAUUUAGCCUUUGUGUGAACAUACUGAAAAACAUGUUUUAUUUCAAGAUUCUGCAAGAUGAAUUGGGCAGGUUAAUUCUGUAUCUGCAAUUUUGACAAUUAAGCAACUUUUAGAAAGACAAUUCCAGGUCACUUUAUACCAUAAAUCCUAUAGGCAGGUGUGUUUGGAAAGACAGGACUUCAGUGGGCAGAAUCACCUUGGGUAUUCGGCUGAUCAUUGACAUGAUGGAAGUGAGUAAACUGGGACAAAAAGAAUAAUCUAGAAGACUAAAACCAGACAAAAAGGGCUGCUCUCCACCCCCCCCCCCCCCCCCCCCCGAAACUGGGGAGAGAAUCUGGUUUCACUUUCAGGCUAAUAGAAAUCAAGGAGUUGAGGUGCCCAUUAACUCAUGGGGAGCAGGGUGGGGUUCUUGCCACCUCUCUCUCCCAUUCCUGGUCUUGGCACUUGCCAGCCCCCAGGUGCAGCCCUGACUUACCUGGCAGUCUUGCUCAAAAGGCUCCUGCUUGGGAGACAGGUUUUGAGAUUGAGUAUUGAUACACUCUGGACCUUUUCUUUCUGCUGUGCAGAAUAAUUUUUAAAAACCUCCUUGGAGAUGGAACAUUUUGUGUCUUGUUUUUGUAUAUUAUUUGUGCCUGUAUUGACAUUGAAGGCAAUUAAGGGUCUAUAUAAAGUAGCUUUUUAAAAAAUCCCCACCCAAGGACAUGCUUACUGAUUUUAGAGAGGGGGAAAGGGAGGGAGAGAUAAAAUAUCCGGGAGAAACAUUGGUUGGGUGGCUCCUGCACCUGCCUAGACCAGGGACUGGUCUGAACCUGCAAUCUAGGCAUGUGUCCUGACUGGGAACCAAACCUGUGAUCUUCGGUUUACUGGACAGUGCUCCAACCAACUGAACCACACCACCAGGGCCAAAGCAGCUCUUGAACUAGAAGGAAACUACAAGGUUCUGUGAUGGUGUCAAGCAAGGAGACUGGCAAAGGAGGGAUCGGGUGGGGAAGUUCCAAGGGAUAGAAGAGAGCAGGGGGCAGGGCUGGGUGGUUGGGGGAGGAGCUCAGGCACCUCCUUGGGCGGCUGGGAUCCUGGUGCUUCCCAUGUUGGCCAUGUGGGGGCAGCAGAGGCCCGUGCCCAUGGCUUGUUAGGGCAUGGCCAUUUUCUCCCUGUUGCGCCCACUUGUGUGCACAGUCCCUGGCACGUGUGGGUUGUGGGUGCUGCUGCCCUGGUGCAGGCCCCAGAGCUGGAGGGGCAUUCGGGGGGUGGUGGUGGGAAUUGUGGCCCUUGAAUGGUGCUAGCCAUCUCUGCUGCUGUCCCUUGUAGCACUUCCUGUCCUCUGUCCUGUGUCACUUCCAGGCACCUCGCUUGGUCCCCACAGCCAGCAAAGACAGUGCCAGCAUUCACUCGCUGGUAUCACAGUUGUAUUUCUUGAGCCCCUCAUGUCCCGGGCAUUCCUGUGCUUGCUGCCUGCUGGGACCAAGUACCAGUCCUGUCCUCUGCAUGCCUACUCCUCCCCCCCUCCCCAUCAAGGCAGAGAAGUGGGAGGGAGCAGAAGCCAGCCUUCUCAGGCCUCUGUGGUGGGUCCUGCCUGUCCUUUACAGCCUCUGCCAGUGUUUUUUACAUGUGUUGUCUCAUGUAGUUUUUGUCAUUUCCACAAUUCAACAGAAAAGCAAACUAGCCCGAGGUCAUACAGGCCAAAUUCCCCUCCUCCCUUGCAUUAGCCUUCCACCUCCUAGGACCCAUUUGGCACUCACUCUUGAGAAGUUGCCUCUGACCUCACUUCGGGGGUUCUUAGCUCACACUACCUCUCCAUGGAUUGGUUCCUGAUAAGUCCACCAGUGAGUCUUAAUGUACACUUUAUGUCCUCAUCUUCCUCAGUUCUAAUGCAGUAGACCUCUCUUGGCUUUCCUUCUUCCUUCCAGGCCCCUCUGUCUGCCAGCUUAUUUUCAAAUUGAAGACAAUUUGAAAUAGCUCCAGGUGCAGUCCUCAUUUCUCUAAGCAGUCAUGAGCACACACCUUAACACUUAACUUCCAAGGUAGCAUGCCCAGGCCAGCACUUGCCUUUGAGCUCCAGUCCUAAGGCAGUGACUGCCUUCCCUUCUCUCUACUUUUAUCUCCAAGGCCAUCCCCACACAGAAAUGUCCACAUCCUUCUGAAACUCCUCCCCCCACCCAGCUUAAGAGGUAUGUAAACUCAACUUUCUCCAUUGCCACCACUGUAGUCUAAACCACUGCUCUCUUAUCCCAGCAAUUGUCCUUUCCAGCCUGCUUGAGGGUCCCACCCCACACUCCCCCACCAGAGGCGGUGUGUUGUGGUCAUGGUCCAGGUGAGAAAGGAACCAAGAUGGGAGCAGUAGGUGGUCUGCUGGGGAGAGGAAUGGUUAGAGGGGAGGCGUUGUAAAGGGCACUGAGGCUUGUUGGGGAGGCUUGGUUUUGAGCUGUGAUUAAUACCAAAUAGCUGGAUAUUGGAGUUGUAGAAAACAGCUGAGAAUGAUGUGCAUGUAGGUGGGCAAGCUAUAGGGGGAAUUGAGUGAAUGCCAGGGGAGAGGGAGAAUAACAACUCAGAGAAGGGAGGUCUGCAAGAGACUGAAGAGGUCAGAGGGGGGGGGGCUGGUGGGGUUCUGUUGCUCAGAACACUGAGGGGAGAGGAGCUCUCCAGACAACUGAAGUGAGGAUUAAAGGUGGCCCAGACAUGGCCUCAACUGGAACAAUCUCCCCAAAGCUUUGGGUCCUAGCGAGGGGUGGUGAGGAGAAACGGCAGCUGCCCACAGUAUGACCUUGGACCAAGAGAUUUUUUUCCCCCCAACAAGUUACUCGCAGGUCUGGGAUAUAGAGGUAUGAGGUAUGGGCUAGUUCUGCCUCUUAAGGCCUCCUGAGUACUAGUAUCUGUAUUUGGGAAAUUAGUUGUUUUGUGUGUGGCCAUAUUUACAAAGCUGAGGCCAGGGUGGCAGGUGAGGCCUUGGCUUCUCUGCUUUCUCACUCCCUAUGGCUUAGUGCUUUACUUAUCACCCGUGACCACCACACACCAUGGAGGGGACAGGCCAGAAGCCCCUUUAUCACCAUUACCUUUGCUGGCGACCAGCUCAGUGUGAUCAGAACUACUCACCUUGACUUUCCAACUCUUGCUACAGUAGGCUGAAAAGGGGUGUGGAUGACCACACAUGGGUACUUGACUAACAUGAUGAACAUGAAGUAUUUUUCAAAAUCUGUUUAUUUACAUUUGUUUAAGUCAAUUACAUGCAUGUUUCAUUUUUUAAACGAGUAAUUAGCAAAAAAUGCAUUAAAACUUUAAAAUAGCAAUUAAAUAUACAAAAAUAUACCUUACAAAAACUGCGAAUGUUUAAAAAUAUUCUGCUGCAGAACUCUUAGUGUACAAACACGUUUAUGAAAACUGAAGCUCAGCAUUUCAUAAACCUUUUUUGAGGGAGUUAUGUAUCUAGUGAAUGAGCCCCAGUGGGCUAAACUACAAGACUAAAUGAUCCUUCAUGGCAAUGAUCUGUUAGGAGACCCAGAGAUGACAGUUCUCAGGAACACUGUCUUGGAAGACUGGUGUCACCAGGAGGGAGCCCCAUCUGCCUACCUGGCCCGAGGAACCUGGGAGGGAAGGUGUAGACAGGGAUGGUGUGCAGCUGGUCCAAAGCACAGGCUUGUACUGGCAGAGGAGUUUCAUCAGAGUACAGAUAAGUCCCUUGACAGUGGGUGGCUCACUUUCUAGGUACAUGUACCCAGCUCAGGCAGGGUGUUUUCCCCAACUACAGCACUGGAAGUGAGCACUGGACUGGUAAGCAGAGAGCUGAUGCUUGGUCUAAAAGUAGAGUAAAACUUGGCAUCUUGGAAUAAUUUGGUCUCUAAAACUGAACUGGAAAAGUGAAAUUUAUUGAACAAGCCUCUAUUUUUCUCCUGAUAAUCUCAAAUGGAAGUGCAUUAAUCUUAACCAUGACAGCAUUUUCUAGUUAUCAACUGCAAAUUUCACCUGAAUUUAUACAUCGUGAACUUAGACAUGUCUCUUACUCAAAUUCAUAACAGCUAGUGUGAAAGACACUAACCCAGGGCCAGAGCAGAAGGGUUCACUUGCAGUUUCACCUCAGGUUUUAGGUUAGGGGCCCAAAUGCACUUUGAAUGCUGGGGAAGCUCUGGGUGGCAGGCAGCACAUGUGGGAGAUGGGUGAGGACUGAGGCAUGGUCCAUGGUCCUCCCUGCCACUGCUGCCUAGAGGAAGCAGUUUUAAUGUUCAUCUUCAGGAGCAAAAAUGAACAAGAUACUUUUUACAGAAAUGAUUACUGGUGAGAGGAAAAAUGCGGGAAACUUUUUUUUUUGAGGGGGAUGUUCAUAGAGUGGGGAAGGAAAGGAAGCCCAGCCAUGUACCUGAACAUCUGAUUGAUUCUGAGAUGGACCAGCUACUUCGCAACACCUGAGACAUCUGCCCCACAAAAUAGGUGCUGCGGCCUUCAGUUGCUGCUGCUCAAACUGCUGCCUCAAAAACGUGGGUGCCCACCUAAGAAAGCAAGAGUUAACAGACAUCACUGCUGGACUCAGGCAUCACUUGGAAUUGGCCAAGAUGGAGUGGGGGUGGCCUGUCCAGGUGGCUGCAAAGCUGUUGGACCCCGAUGAGAGGCCUGUCACAGAUCAGAAAUCUGGAGACUGGUUGUGCUCCCAUGUCUGGAAAUUUGUGGUGAAGGUCAGGGAGGGAUUGCAGUUACUGAUUUUUGUAUAGAAAACCAUUCCAGUGUGCUGCAAUCAAAAAUGCUUAUUCAAAAGGAAUGUGAUUACAAAAUCACCCACCACUUCUGGGCUCAUCGUUUACAGACAUUUGGACUUAUGGUACAGCUCUUCCCACAUGAAUAGGAAUGCUCCUUGAAUAUACUCUGGUUAUCACAUGAGG